UGGCCGAAAUUUUUCACCAAUACUCCAUUGGUUCAAAAGAAGAUGGGCGGGUCUACUAUUUAAGAAUACGCCGUCGCCAAGAGAAGAUAAUAAAAAAUACACCGAAUAAAGACUUAAACGAUGACGAUUUUUUCUGGGUGUCUGGGAACUUUGAGGAUCAUCAAGUCCAGAUUUCUGGCCGACGUAUAAACUGGAAAAAAGGAGAACCCGGUAUAUUUACUUCGGUUUUCAUGCGUGCUUUAUUAUAUUUCGGUUUUUCAAUCUUUCAGCCGAACUAACAAUUGUCUUCUUUCGCAGAUCCUGCCCACCUCCAUUCUUUAUAUAGCUAUCCAAAUCUAGCGACUUUGCGCGCCGCACUACGGUAUCCAAAACAUAGUUGGGCUAAGCUACUAAAAUUCGAGCCGACCUACAGAUACAGCGGCCGCCGAAAAGCGAGAGUGACCGACUUUCUGCUAGAGGAGGCCCCACAACCGGACCCAACCUUGCCAGAAAUCAGACUAAUCCCACUAACUGCUAGAAAGGAAAUGGCUAAAAGGAACAGAGUAAGGGCGCUUCUAACCGAAACUAACAGACUCGAAGUACCCCCACCAAGUCAAACGCAGCCUGCCGUUGUGGCCCUCCCUUCUCAACAGCCUUCAUCAUCACGCCCCUCUAAGCGCCCCCGAUCUACACCGACCGAACAACAACUUGUGGAUGAGGACGAAGCCAUCCCUCCACCAAUCCCACAGCCGGAGUCUUCUGACCGAGCUGACUCCUCCAAAUGGGUUCCAAGUCUUACCUUUCAAAACCGAGAUAUUCAGGAAACUGACUCGGUUGUUGCUGAGAAGGAUCACUUGAUGGCUUUCAAUCUAGCCAAGAGUGUUUGCCUUCCAAAAGACAUGGAGCACCAUAAUAAACAGCUAAACACUGAACUGAAGGCCAUCCGGUCAUCAACAAAAUCAAUGAUCCUGGCCAUUCAGAAGAACAACAUUGCACAUAAGAAAGUGCUGGAGCUCCGCAAGGCAACCAGGCAUACCAUGGCAGAUGCCGAGGCAAAGACAGCCGAGCUUGAGCAUGCCAAGAAGCAGAUAGCCGAGCUACAGUUCGAGAAUGGUCGCUAGCGGAAUAUGCUGCUUCGGUCCAAGAACAAUUCUUGCAGGAUUCAGAUGAUGAAGACGAUGAAAACGAACAAACUGUUACUCCGGUAGUCAACGAGCAAGUCAACGAUCAAUCAGCUCGGUUGGAGGCAACGGUUGAAGACCUGACUGUUGAGCCAUCGACUGAUAUCGUUCUGCCAGUUGCUGCUGAGACUGAUCUUCCAUCUGCAACCGGUGUUCAAGUUGAUAUUGA